AUGGAUUCUGUUAACAUUUUCAAUAUAUCAACAAUUCAAGAAGAGAAACCAGGAACCGAAGUUGCUCACACUUCGUUCCGAUCGAUUGAGGAGUUUCAUAUUCUCAAUAGAGUCGAUGAAGGCUCCUAUGGAGUCGUUUACAAAGCUGUCAAUAAGAAAACAGGAGACGACGUCGCCCUAAAACAUUUUAAAAGAAUCAAUGAGAGGACAGGAUUCUCCAUCGCCGCGCAGAGAGAACUCGACCUAUUGAUGGAGAUGGGCCAUGUCAACAUCGUCACAGGGCACGAGAUAGUGGUGGGCUCCAGAAGCGACGAGUUGUUCCUAGUAAUGGAAUACGUGCCUCACGGAGUCUAUAACUUAAUGGUGACAAUGCGUAACUACAGACUAAUGUUUGGCCCCGAGCACGUUAAGUGCCUAAUGUUACAACUUCUAAGCGCCGUGCAAUAUCUACACGACAGCUUUAUAUUACACAGAGAUCUCAAAACAAACAACAUUCUACUAACAGAAGAUGGUGUUCUGAAGGUGGUAGAUUUUGGGAUGGCCCGGGAAUUUGAAUCCCCUCACCAGCAACUUUCGCCGGGUGUGGGAACACUUUGGUACUGUGCACCUGAACUACUGCUACAUAGCAAAACAUACUCUUCUCCGAUAGACAUGUGGAGUGUUGGGUGCAUAUUUGCUGAGUUGGUUAAUAUGCAGCCACUGUUUCGCGGAACAUCUCAGUUGAAUCAAUUGAAAUUGAUAUUCCAGCAGUUGGGUACGCCUUCCGAAAAUGUGUGGCCCGGCUACAGCGCAUUGCCACUGACAAGCGAAGUUAUAUUUGAUCAACAUCCACCGGGCGGAUUGCGCAAAGAGAUAAAGCCGAGUCUACUCUCGGAUAGUGGUUUAUCUUUAUUGGAACAAUUUUUGACAUACGACCCGUCAAGACGCAUCACAGCAACCGAAGCCUUGCUGCAUCCUUACUUUGAUGAGCAGCCUGUGGCGAUUGAACCAGCCAUGUUCCUGUCGUCGCUAGAGUUGGAAUACGUCGACAUGUACUCCAACUACGACAUGGACGAUGUGUAUUCGUCCGGGUUUGAGACAGAAGAAGAUCACUCCUCCUACUCAGGAUAUCCUGUUGGUAGCUCAGAGUACGAUGACAACGUAAUAAAGACGUAA